UUACCUAAUUUUUAUUCCUGUAUUUCAUUUUCAGAGGGCUUCAGCUAUGAUGAUGAAGUCUCUGAGGAAAUUUCCUCUGAGCUAUGGCAAGAAGCAUGUUGGAUUGUCAUCAAUGCAUAUUUUGAUGAGAAGGGACUUGUCAGGCAGCAGUUGGACUCUUUUGAUGAGUUCAUCCAGAUGUCCGUCCAGCGGAUUGUGGAAGACUCUCCUCAAAUUGAUCUUCAAGCUGAAGCCCAGCAUUCUUCUGGCCAGCUAGAGGAACCACCACGAUAUCUGCUGAAGUUUGAGCAGAUUUACUUGUCCAAGCCUACCCAUUGGGAAAAGGAUGGAGCACCAAGUCCAAUGAUGCCAAAUGAAGCACGUCUGAGGAAUCUGACAUACUCAGCUCCACUUUAUGUGGACAUUACAAAAACUGUGAUAAGGGAAGGGGAAGACCCCGUGGAAACGCAGCAUCAAAAGACAUUUAUUGGAAAAAUUCCCAUCAUGUUGAGGUCAACCUACUGUCUUCUCAAUGGCCUAACUGAUCGAGAUCUGACAGAAUUGAAUGAGUGUCCUCUGGACCCUGGGGGAUAUUUCAUCAUCAACGGAUCAGAGAAGGUCUUGAUUGCCCAGGAGAAGAUGGCCACCAACACUGUUUAUGUGUUUGCAAUGAAAGAUGGGAAAUAUGCCUACAAGACAGAGAUCAGAUCGUGCCUAGAACAUUCCUCUCGCCCAACCUCCACCCUCUGGGUCAAUAUGCUUGCUCGUGGUGGACAGAGCAUCAAGAAAAGUGCAAUUGGUCAGAGGAUCAUUUCCAUCUUGCCAUACAUCAAGCAGGAGAUACCCAUUAUAAUUGUGUUCCGUGCCUUGGGAUUUGUGGCUGACAGGGACAUCCUGGAGCACAUCAUUUAUGAUUUUGAUGAUCCUGAAAUGAUGGAAAUGGUGAAGCCUUCAUUGGAUGAGGCUUUUGUGAUCCAAGAGCAAAGUGUUGCUCUGAAUUUCAUUGGAGCCCGAGGUGCUCGGCCUGGAGUUACCAAAGAGAAACGAGUCAAGUAUGCCAGGGAAAUCCUUCAGAAAGAAAUGCUACCGCAUGUUGGAGUCUCUGAUUUCUGUGAAACCAAGAAAGCUUACUUUUUGGGGUACAUGGUGCAUCGAUUGCUGUUGGCUGCCCUUGGCAGAAGGGAACUCGAUGAUCGUGAUCACUAUGGUAAUAAGAGAUUGGAUUUGGCAGGACCUCUUCUUGCAUUCCUGUUUCGUGGGCUGUUCCGGAACUUGUCAAAGGAAGUGCGGAUGUAUGCCCAGAAGUUCAUAGACAAAGGGAAGGACUUCAACCUUGAGCUGGCUAUCAAGACCAGAAUCAUCACAGAUGGACUCAGGUACUCCCUGGCUACUGGUAACUGGGGAGAUCAAAAGAAGGCUCAUCAGGCUCGAGCUGGAGUCUCUCAGGUGCUGAAUCGGCUGACAUUUGCAUCAACACUCAGUCACCUGCGACGUGUGAAUUCCCCAAUUGGAAGAGAUGGAAAGCUUGCCAGGCCUCGACAGUUGCACAACACUCUAUGGGGUAUGAUUUGCCCUGCUGAGACACCUGAAGGAGCUGCUGUUGGGCUGGUGAAAAAUCUGGCUCUCAUGGCCUACAUCUCAGUGGGUUCUCAACCUUCUCCCAUCUUGGAAUUCUUGGAAGAAUGGAGUAUGGAGAACUUGGAAGAGAUUGCUCCUCAGGCUAUUUCAGAGGCAACUAAGAUCUUUGUGAACGGAUGUUGGGUUGGGAUCCAUCGAGAUCCUGAGCAGCUCAUGUCCACUCUACGAAAGCUCAGGAGACAGAUGGACAUCAUUGUGUCUGAAGUCUCCAUGGUGAGAGACAUCCGUGAUCGUGAGAUUAGGAUCUACACUGAUGCAGGGAGAAUCUGUCGUCCUCUGCUCAUUGUGGAGAACACACACCUCUUGCUCAAAAAGAGACAUAUUGAAAUGCUGAAGGAACGAGAAUACAACAACUACAGUUGGCAAGAUCUUGUGGCAUCAGGAGUGGUGGAAUACAUUGACACCAUGGAGGAAGAGACUGCAAUGAUUGCCAUGUCCCCAGAUGAUCUGCAGCAGGAUCGAGAAGUAGCAUAUUGUACAACAUACACACAUUGUGAGAUCCACCCAGCCAUGAUCCUCGGAAGUGCUAUGGGAAAGCAAGCAAUGGGUGUAUACAUUACGAAUUAUCAUGUUCGCAUGGACACAUUGGCUCAUGUUCUCUACUAUCCUCAAAAGCCUCUUGUUACAACUCGCUCCAUGGAAUAUCUACGAUUCCGAGAACUUCCUGCAGGAAUCAAUGCCAUUGUUGCAAUUGCUUGCUAUUCUGGCUACAAUCAAGAAGACUCUGUGAUCCUCAAUGCCUCAGCUAUUGAUCGAGGCUUCUUCCGGUCUGUGUUCUUCCGAUCUUACCGUGAUUCUGAGACGAAGAGGAUUGGAGAUCAAGAGGAGCAAUUUGAAAAGCCAUCACGUGACACCUGCCAGGGGAUGCGAAAUGCCAUUUAUGAUAAGCUGGAUGAUGAUGGGAUCAUUGCACCUGGGGUCAGAGUGUCUGGGGAUGAUGUCAUCAUUGGCAAGACCAUCACUCUUCCUGAGAAUAAUGAUGAGCUUGAAGGGACAACGAAGCGCUUCACGAAACGAGAUGCUAGUACAUUCUUGCGUCAUAGUGAGACUGGUAUCGUUGAUCAGGUCAUGCUGACCAUCAAUGCUGAAGGAUAUAAAUUCUGCAAGAUCCGAGUGCGAUCUGUACGCAUCCCUCAAAUUGGAGACAAGUUUGCAUCUCGUCAUGGUCAGAAAGGAACAUGUGGGAUCACAUAUCGGCAAGAGGACAUGCCUUUCACUUGUGAAGGGCUCUCACCUGAUGUUAUCAUCAAUCCGCAUGCCAUCCCAUCUCGAAUGACCAUUGGUCACUUGAUUGAGUGCCUUCAAGGGAAAGUCUCAGCCAACAAAGGGGAGAUUGGAGAUGCCACUCCCUUUAAUGAUGCUGUCAAUGUGUCCAAGAUCUCUCAACUCCUUGCUGAGUAUGGCUAUCACUUGCGAGGAAAUGAAGUGCUCUACAAUGGCUUCACUGGACGCAAGAUGAACGCCCAGGUGUUCUUGGGGCCUACCUACUACCAGCGUCUCAAGCACAUGGUGGACGAUAAGAUCCAUUCUCGAGCGCGAGGUCCUGUUCAGAUCCUUGUUCGACAGCCCAUGGAAGGUCGAGCCAGGGAUGGUGGAUUGCGAUUCGGAGAGAUGGAACGAGAUUGCCAGAUUGCACAUGGAGCUGCACAGUUCCUUCGAGAAAGGCUGUUUGAAGUUUCAGAUCCAUAUCGAGUCCAUGUCUGUCAUUUCUGUGGCUUGAUAUGCAUUGCCAAUCUUCGCAACAAUACCUUUGAAUGCAAGGGUUGUCGAAACAAAACACAGGUUAAUUUCUCAGGUGCGUCUCCCAUAUGCCUGCAAGCUGCUGAUUCAGGAGCUCAUGGCAAUGAACAUUGCUCCUCGUCUUAUGACCACUUGAAGCUGUCCUCUGAGAAGGAGGCAUAUCAUUUUUUGUUCCCUGUGUUGGCUGUUUUAACUGUUGGAAGGAGAAGUGUGGGAUUUGAUGACCUUGGGCUGGCAUUUCAUGAUAUGGGGAUCUCUGUGCCCUCCUUGGAAAAUUUUCUCAACCAUGUUGACUCAUCUCCAUUCCCAUUUUCUAUACCCAAGUACCCAUUGCCGAAGGAGAGCAAUUUGAAUUUCCUGAAACCAGGAAGUCAAGAAGUGGUACAUCGACCAAUUCAUGUCCAUGAACACCUUCCUCCCAUGUACCCAGAGAUGGAAGGAGAUUCAGGUGGUCUACAGGUGGAUGUGGGGAUGAGUGGGAACACAGCUCAGGGCUUAAGUUCGCCUCGGGGUGCUGCUCAAUCUGCUCCAGCACAGCACUUUUCACCCUAUGAGAAUCAACCCUCCAAGAAGCACAGGUUGGGACCAGGAGGAACAGAAGAAGUGGAAGCGGAUGGGACUCCAAUGCGGGAGAUCCUGAGUGUGAUGAUGACCACAUCGGGCUUCAUUUCCCCUGCUCGAGAGGGGAAGCUCCCCGAGGCUAAGCUCCCUUCCAAGGAUGUCCUCCUCUCGCGAUCUCCUUCUCCCAUGGAUCUGGCCGAUGACAAGCGUCCCAAGGGGAUCAACAUGAAGAAAGUGAUGAAGGGGGUGAAGAAGAUCGCAUCCAUCAAUGGGAAUCUCAAUAAGGAGAACAUGAAGCAUGAGUUGCCUAUUAUGAGUGGCCGGGUCAAAAAGCCGCCUCGGAAGAGAAGUCCUGGUCGAGCGGGUAAAGCAAGACCAAAGCCAAAGGUCAAAGUCAAGGCCCAGCCGAAGCCCAAACCUAAGCCUUUGAAGCCGCCACCGCCACUGACACCCCCACCACUUCCUCCGAUAAAACUGGAAAAUAUAGAGGAAGUAGAGACUGAGAAAGUGGCCAGUGAACCCACUAACAAGGGAAAGCUGAGCAUCUUCAAACGUGUUGCCAGCAAACUGAAGGAGGAAGAGACUUCUCUCCCUUUUCAAAGGCACGAAUCAGUGGCUGAGAUCAUUGAGGAUCCCUAUGAGGAUUUCCGAGAAGUGGCAGAGAGAGGUCCAAGCCCCAAGAAAUCCAAAGUGGAUGAUACAAUCGACUCGGUGAUUCGUGGAGACAUCAUGGAAGAAAGCAUCGAAGAAAGGGUGCAUGAACGGAAAGACAGAUACCCUUCAUUACCCCCUCCGUCUCCACCGCGAACUCCUACCGUCCGUCCAUCCCCACAUGAGAAAAGUAAGCGGGAGAAGACAGGGAAGAAGAGGAAACGGCACCAACCUGUGGUGGACGCUUAUGAAUCAAGGCCUCGGACUCCCGAAGCCCCUGUGGUGGUGAGGCCACCCAUGCCCGACACUUUCCCGACAUUUCCCAAGGUUCCUGCUCAUCCUAGCUUCAUCCCAAAUCCAACAUUGAAUCCAAUGUUUGGGAAGGUGACGUUUGGAGGACCUCCAGUUUUCCCUCCCGAUCUCUCGGAGAAAGAGGAGAAGAGAAAAGAAAAACAGAGGAAGAAGGAGAAAAGAAAAGAAAAGAAGGCAAUGAAGGAGGGAAAAGAGAGAAAAGACAAAGAAAAGAAGGAAAAGAAAAGAAAGGAAAAGGAAUCCCUGAAGGAGGUAGACUUGCAUCAUGAUUUCCUCAUCAUCACCUUGACUAGCACCAUCAAGCCAUUGAAGAAGCCAACUGAAGAGGAAGAGGUGAAGGAGGAACGCUUUUUACCUCUGUCUCCAGAGCUGGCCAAGUUCUCGGCCUUGAAUGCCCCAGGGGUGGGAACCCCCGGCCAGCCGAGUGGCAGCCGAGGUCGUGGGGUCAGAGAUCGCAGUCCUCGAGGCGGGAAAAAAGGAUCCGGUCGAGGGAGGAAGUUAUCAGCUGAAGCAGACACCAAUCCUGUUCCACCAUCCACUUUGGGGGUCAUCACGGAGACCAUCGGUUCUUAUGUUGAUGAGGAAGGGAACAAAGUGUGGAUCUGUCCCUGCUGUGGACGGCAGGAUGAUGGCACUCCCAUGAUUGGAUGUGACAAGUGUGAUGACUGGUAUCAUUGGGUGUGUGUGGGGAUCCAGGUGCCUCCGGACGAGGACGAGCCGUGGUACUGUGUCAAGUGCCUUUCCAAAAAGCAUGGGCUCACCAUGACACCAGGGAAGGGAAAACGGGGACGCAAGAAGGUCCCUUGAAUGUGUCAUCUUGUCCGUACAUUCUCUUUGAGCAUCGAAUCAUCUCUGUGCGCUGCAUCCCGGGAGACGAAUACCGUUACCGGUACUGCAUUUUCUCUCGUGGGAAUCAAUCUCCCGAUCGAUUCGAGCCCGUACAUGAUUCUAGAGGUGUGGCUUGAUGCAAAUGUGAUGAGAAAAUAUUUAAAUGAUUUUCUACAAAUUACAUGAUUGAUGAUGAAAUGAGAUGAAAUAUAUAGUACAAUGAUUAUAUGA